GUGGGGGGCUGCAGGGGUGGGUGGGGGGUUGGGCGCAGGUGUUGUUAGUGGUGGCUAGAGGUGGUCAACGUCGAAAAUUCUAUGGUUAACACCGAAAAAUGGUACUAGGUUUGUUUUUGCAAAUAAUACUUUAUAAGUUUUUUUUUUUUUUUUUUGCAAAAAUGAACUCGUAAAAGGUUUUUUUUUUGACAAUUUUUUUUUUCAUCCAAAGCUAGCUUAGAAAAAUAAAUAAAAUGGACCAAUGACAGCGUGAGACUAAACAUAUUUAAGCCCAUUAACACACUUUUUUUUUUUUUUGAAAGAGCCCAUUAACACACUUUUGCUCAUUCUUAUUUCUUAAUGUUCUUCACUCUCCAUUCUCCAACCCCACUAAACCCUCUUUUACCAGCCUAUAUCCCCUUCAUCCUUCAACUAAUCCGAUCUCCGUUACUUCAAAAACAGCGAUGAUUCGAUCAAGAGGAAUUCAGAUAUUGAAUCACUUGCUUAAAUCAACCAACGGAAGAACCCCCCAAAAUCUUCCACUUUUUCUUCGUGAUUCACCGCGCCAUUUUUCAACUAGGAAUGAACAUCAACCUCUACCUCAGCAUCCGCAUUCACCAACCCCAAUUGAUUCUUUUCUUCAUCCGCCAUCUCCAGGUUUGGUCUAUGGGAGACUAUUUGGCAUCUCAGCAAAUACACUGAAGACUGAUAUCAUCAAUUUGUUUGAAGGAUCCAACUUGACAUUGGAUGACAUUAAGGUUGAAUAUAACAGGAUCUUCCAUCCGAUGGCAAUGCUGGUGCAGUUUCGCUCUAUGGCGGACUUCAGUGCUGCCUUUCGAGAGCUUACCAGGAGGAGCCGAUCUUUCAGAAUGGAGAAGGUUGUAGAUCAUCGACAAUGGGAUCUUGUAACACCUUAUAAUGGAAGAUAUGUAUUAUUUCAAGGAAUACCACGAAAUGCACUUCCGGAUGAUAUAGAUCGCCUUUUAUCUGGCUGUAAUUACGAAGCUUCCUCCCUUGAAAUAUUUGUUAGGCCAUUGCAAUCAGGGCCUAUUAGGAUGGCAACAGUGCGGUUCCCCUCACCGAUUGAGGCGAUGAAUGCAGUAAUCAGAAAGAAUGGAGCAUUCUGUCUCAAUAACCGAGUUCUAGCUCAACUCAUCCAGUAAAAUAACGUUGGUUUCUGUUUGCAGUGCAACAAUCACAAUAUUCUUGGAUGAUGUGUUGCCUCAAUCUUCUUUUUGAUUCCCCUGUUUACCGAUUUAAUUGAGGCUUGUAGUGUUGAUGUUUGCUUUGUACGUGGCAGCUUCUUUUUUGAAAGCAUCCAAAUAAGGUUUAUUAAGAGGAUGUUUGAUGAAAGGUAGAUUAGAAACGUUUUAGUAAAUUUCACUAGUUCAUAUGCUGUUAAAUCUGUUUAGCCCUAAUUUAUCCUGAACAUCAAUAUACUUUCAAAUAUAAUCUAUCGUUCCUGGUUGAUUUCUUUUUAAA